GGCGCCAAUCUCAGCAUAUCAUUUUUGACCGUCCCGGCGCUUCUGCUGCCUUCCCCGUCAGCCUUGCCAGCACCGGCAAAUUCUGAAAAUACAGCUUCUCCAACAUCCGUAUCUUCCCAGAGACCAGCGACAAAAUCUCCACAUCUCGCCCGGCAAUGGCAGUACGCUUACAACAUAGGAAAGAAGCCAGGCCCAUUCUUCGCUCUGCUGGCUAGUGGAAAUUGGCUGUACACAGUCAAUCACCUGCCAGCAGAAGCCAAACUCCGGCACAGACUGCUCUUGGCUGCAACUGGGCUCUCGACAGCUGUUAUACCCUUCACAUUUGGAGUGAUGAAGCGGACAAAUGACGAGUUGCAUCGACGAGCAAAUGCGGCAACAAGAGAUGAAGAGGAGGGCUUUAAAGUAGAAGCUCCGAGGGGGACAGUGGAGAGUUGUGAGACCCACCAUCUUAUUCAGUGGUGGGCAUAG